GGCGUGCGCUCCCCGCAGUCACAUCUUAACGCGCGCGCCCUCUUGCACACACACACACACCAAAGUUGAACGUCUUGACCACCAGAGUGCGUCGAAUUUUUUACCCUUUUUUCUGAAUUUUCCCAAUUCUUUUCCCAUCUGGGUACUGGCAACCAGUCGACUUGGGCCUUUCAGACGAGAUGGCCGUCCUGUGCUGACGAUCUUACAGGGACAAGUUUUUUAGUUUUGUUUCAUCACCACACACACACACACAUACAAUUGAAAGAAAAAGAACUUAUUUUUGCCAUCCAUCAACAAGAAAAUAAUUUUUAUUUGUUCUACUCGUGUGGCCAUUUUUCUUUUUUUGUCGACAAAAACAACUGACUGUCGGAUUGUGUCGUCGUGUGUGUCUCACCAAAUUAAAAAAGAAAAAUUGUGCUGGUGCCAAGUGCUAAACAACGUAACAAGUGAAGCAAGCUCACCCCUCCUCCUCCUCCUGUGCGUGUGUGUAUGUGUGUAGUGUGAUAAGUGUGUCCGGAUUCUAUUUGGAUAUCGCGAUAUUAUACGUCAAAGAAUCUUUAAAAAAACACACUGAAAAACUAUCGAGUCACACUUUGAAUUUUUGCAACACACCGAGGCCGCAUUGUGGGUGUGUAAGUGUAGUGGUGUGUGUGUAUGUGUGUGUGUAUUCGCGCGGGAGAGCGCGUGAAAUGGCGCUGUGAAAGGGCUGCCAUCAUGCCAAUGAAUGGUGAUGCAGUCGUUAUCAUCUUAUCUUUAGUUUAGGCCUGGAUUUAUUAUCACGAAAAAAAGUUGGGAAAACAGCGUCGAGCACACUCUCUCGUGUGUCCGCGUUCACAGUGUGUGUCGUGUGGUUUUUUUUUUUAUUAUUUUUCCUGAACGAACGAAGAAGAUGCCGCACGUGAACGGAAGCAGCGACGGUGACGAUCUGGGCGAUGCCGACGAGAUCAAAGUCUUUAAACACGAUGAAGAAUGUGAAGAAGAAAAGAAAUUGAUCGCCGAAGAACGUCAAUCCGAUUCCUUGACUGAAGACAAAUCAAGUCUCGUCACCGAAGGAGAAUCACAGAGCAAAAAUGCAUCGCUGGCCGGACAAAGUUUCACGGGAAAGAAUUCACUACGGCCGGAACCUGGACCUUUAUUUGGUGGUCGGUCGCUGGAGUCGCUGGCCUCAUCGCACGCCUCUCCGCUCAACAUGGGAUACCUUAUGCCCUACACGUACCACAACGGCAUGGCCGCACUCUCCUCCCUGCCAUCCAUGGGCAAUAAGAUGGGCCAUUUGGGUUCAGCAGCGCAUCACGCGGCUGCCGCGGCCGCUGCAGCCUCAUCGCUCCAGUUCUUCUACCAGGGAGGCGGCGAUCCUCAUCUCGGCCAGCCACCACCGGCCCACAUGGGCAUUCCACCUUACCAACUCGAUCCGAAAACGGCAGGAGCCAUGGGUCUUCCUCGGCCGUCGAUGUACUCCUUCGCCCCCACCCAGUAUCCGUACCCCAUGCUGAGUCCCGAAAUGGCCCAGAUGACGUCCUGGCAUCACAGUUCUGGUGGUAUGUAUCCGAUCUCAUCCGCAGCAGCUGCAUUCCGCAGUCCUUAUCCGGCCGGGUUACAACUGCCUUCAGCAUCACUGCCUAGGUUUUCUCCGAGCUUGUUACCCCAUCCGGGACUGCACGGCGGCCAUCCGCUGAUGAGUCCAGGCCACGCUGCCGCAUUGUCGAGUCUUCACCAUGGCGUCAAACAAGAACCUGGACUUUCUAUGGGUCUUUUAGGCGAACAAAAUCACAGAAGCGGACACAAUGAUGCCAAAGCGGCCAGCAGUUCAGCGACACAGUCGGACUCUAGGUCGACGACGCAGUCGACACCGCCCAACAACAACAACACCUCCUCCCAAGCCGCCGAGAAGAAGAAGCCGCACAUCAAGAAGCCGUUGAACGCGUUCAUGCUCUACAUGAAGGAGAUGCGGGCCAAAGUGGUAGCCGAAUGCACGCUCAAAGAGAGCGCCGCCAUCAACCAAAUCCUCGGCCGACGGUGGCACACGUUGAGCCGCGAAGAGCAAUCGCGAUACUAUGAGAUGGCCCGCCAGCAACGUCAACUGCACAUGCAGCUCUAUCCAAACUGGACCAUGAGGGACAGCGUCGCGUCGGGCGCCGCUCGCAAGCGGCGCAACAAGCGCGACAAAGCCGCUGACGGAGGUAACAACAUGAAAAAAUGCCGGGCGCGGUACGGCCUCGACCAGCAGAGUCAAUGGUGCAAACCUUGCAGGAGGAAGAAGAAGUGCAUCCGGUACAUGGACGGGGCGGACGAGGCGGACCACUCUGAGGACAAUUUGGGCAGCGCGGGCAGCGUGGGCGAAACGCGUUCACCCGAUUCCAAAGUGGACGACGACGACGGCGCCAGCAGCGACUCGGACGCUGGCGCAGCCGACGACGAUGACGGAGGUGCCACUUCGGCUUCCGAUUUGGGACUCUCCAGUCCAGGUCUCAGCCUCUCCUCGCUUGCCAGUCCGGCCAUCCUACCUAGUCCCAGCACGAGCUUGGCCUCUCCGUGCCCACUGACGCCGUCGCCGGCCACCCCGUCUUCGGCCAGCUACACGACGAGUGGACAUGACGCCAUCAUCGGCAUCAUCGGCAAGUCGUCGCUGAUCACGGCCCAGACGAGUCUCUCGGCCGCUUCGUCCUCCUCGUCGUCGUCGUCGUCUUCCGGCAACGGCAGCACGCCGGGCCUACCUUUCGGACUGUACAACAUGCUGCCAGGGCCUAGUCCGUCCGGAUCGGGUCAUUCACACCAUUCGGUCCAUCAUUCGCAUCACCAUCACUCCCACCAUCCGCAUCACCCGGUGCCGACUGGACAGCAGCAGCAUCAGAAUUCUCAUCACCAACACCAACAGCAGCAGCAGCAGCAACACCAUCACGGGAUGCUCCUACCGCCGGCCAACCUGCCCCACCGGCACCCCAUCGGCACCAAUCCGCACGACAUCAACAAUCCGUUGAGUGUCAACCAGCUGACGGGUCAGUGUAGCAGCAACAGCAACAAAGACAAGGCCCAUUCAUCCGUCAGCAAAGCCUCCGACACCAAUUCGCACGCCAUUGUCAGUGUCACCUGAUGAAAUCACAACUCCUCCUCCUCCCCCCCCCCACCCCCACCCAAUCGUACCUUCCAUUGGCUUAUUUUUACACAAAGUUCAACAACUGUGGCGUGGCGCUCAGGGUUUGAUUUAAAAAUGAAACUUGACAACUAAAGGAAUCCGCUUAUUGCUGCUCCAUCUUCCCCCUACAUUUUUUUUUUCGUUCUCAGAAAAAGAAAAAAUUAUUCAAUUUGAAACAAAAAUUUUUUUGCGUGCCCACCUCUUCCUCUUCCUCCUCCCCCCCGUUUGCAAAUGAUUGGAAAGACAGUGCCAUCUCGCGUGAUCGCCACCGAAUUUCUAUGAUGGAUGAUUGAUGAUUUUCGAGAGAGGUUCUUCUAUUUUUCCUUCCGUUUUUUCUUUCUUCUUCUUAUCCACCACACACAUUUCGUUUAUUAUAAAUAACAAGAAAGAAAAAGAGACUAGACACACAAAUUAACAAACAACAGCUGAUGGUGAUGAUGAUGGGCGUGACCUCAGGUUCAACAGGGUUGUUUUUUUCAUUUCAUUUUCAUUUCCUCCUUGAUUUUUCUUUUGUCAACCGUUUCGUAAAAAAACCCACCGCAGAGCAGACGCACCUCACAUUGAUUUGCUGAUGGCGAGUUUGAGUUUGAGGAGGGAAUUGAAGGAUAUUCAACGAAAACGGCAAAGUUUCAUUUUUUCUUAUCGUCAACAAUUUCAUUUUAACUUGCUUCCCAUCAUCUAUUAAUAAUUAAUAACUAUACUAUCCCUAUUUUAAUUUAAGCAAGCAACAAAAAAAUUCGAUUUCAUCUUUUGUUUGAUAUUUUCCCCCUUUUUUCUUCGGCCUCUCUGGGUGUGUAGCGGGGGGGGGGGGAGAGAAAAAUCCGGGAACGCGCCAAUUUUUGAAUUUUUUUUUCUCUAUCUUAUUCGCCCCCAUCCUUGAAUCAAAAAAAAAGUUGAAAAUAAAAUAAAAAUAAAAAAAAAACACAAUUAUUCUCGUGCCAAUCAACAAGAGGUUUUACACACCUUCAAAAUUCCCCGUUAGAAUAUUUCGAGGGGGGAGGACAACCCAUUUUUUUGCGUGCUCUUAUAGCUACCCCCCACACACACACUCUCUCUGUCCCCCCAAUGUGUAUCUUUUUUUUCAUUAUUAUUAUUUCGAAACAACAAAACAACCACUCGACAAUUUUUGAUUGUAAAUGUCAUGUGUAUAUCAUCUUUCUCUCUCUCUCUUUUUUUUUGGUUCCACUCCCGUUUCUUUCAACCAACAAAAAAAAAAAUAAAUUUUAAACUUUUUUUUUCCAUUUAAUAAACAAAAAAUAAUCUCCCGUGUGAAAAUUUGGCGUGUGUAUGUAUUUGUAUGAAUGCGUUUACGUGUGUUUGCGGACAAUCAUCCAUCACCGAGUAUUUUUGCCGUGUGUCUGAUUUGUUUCUCUGUUUGUGUGUGUCUUUUUGGGGUAUGAUUGAGAGGGCGCGAACGCGGGAGGGAUUCAAAAAAUGUUUUUUUUUUUUUCUCCCAAUUUGAAUAUCUUUAUAUCCUCCUUUCCCCCCAAUUUUUCAUGUUGUGCGUUGGUUCGUUCGUGUGAUUGUGUGUGUGUGUGUGUGUGUGGAUUUGAAUCGACGUUGCAUUCAUAUUAAACAGGAAACCACAG